AUGGGAGACGUAGCCGUUCGCCGUCUUGGAGCAGCUCUGGAGUGGGCGACAAUGGUGCUACCUCUGACCGCAGCUAUCGGAGUGGGAGUGAAAUUCCCAAACAUAUCACUUGUCACAUCUGUGGCAAGAACCAUUAUUGGGUUGACUGCCCACAGCGGGUGGCUCCGGCCGGGGCGGCGGCUGCCACUGCUAACAUGCGUAAGAAAGAGCAGAAGUGACGGUGCGAGGGGCCCCACGGUGCCAUACUUAGUGGGCUAUAGUGAACUCGAGGUCUACUGUGACUCUGGUUCCUACCCGUCCAUGAUGCUUCGUUUGGUGGCGGAACGCAAAGGCCUGGUGUCGGUGGAGGUGGAGCAAAACGUGCUCCAGGCCUAUGACGGCUCGCUUAAAGCUUCUCCUUUAGAAGGGGUGGUUACUACUGUAUUAUUACAAGUUUUCUCUAAAGAAGCGGGGGCGCUGGGCUAUUUCCUGACAGAGGAAAACACGUUCUACGUGGUGGACAUGGUUCCCCUGGGUCGAGAUAUUCCUUCAUCAGACUGGCACAUCUGGUUGGCUGAUCGGAGGAUCAACUAG